AUGGGGCGGCCGCGGCGGGGCAAGACGCGCCGGACGCCGGAGGGCGACGGCGUGCCUGCCGAGGCGUCGUCGUACGCGUAUCCUGUCGCGCGCGAUGUCGUGUACCCCCCCGUCGGCGGCGGCGCGUGCACGCCGCAUCCAAAUACGCCGCUGCUGCAGUACGAUGCAAACGAACGCGCGGUGCUCGGCGAGUGCGUUUUGAUCGACGCGUGGAUGGAGCGCGUCGCACAAGGACGCGGCGCGACCGUAUGUGUUGCUGGGCAGCUUGUGCGUGUCAGCGCGCAGUCCGGCAUGCCACCGGUGUUUGGGUGUGUCUUGGAAGCGCCGAGGCACGAGGAUCUCGCGCAGGUCCCCUUGCUCUUUUCGGGGCGCAACGCGGCCGCUCUGCAUGCACUCUUGCAGCGCCAGAAAGAGUCGCCGAUCGACGUGUUCCUGUCGGGCUACGGCGCCGAGACACAGCGAUUUGGGACGUCGGAGGCGCCGCGAGCGCGUGUCGUUUAUGCACAGAGCCGCGUCGCGCUCAAGGCGCUGCUGCGCGACGAGCAAGAGUAUACCGUGUGGUUCGACUGCAACAAGGACGCGCCUGUCACGCAGGUCAUGCAUCCGGUCGUGCGGCGGCCGUCGCCUGCGCCGUCCGAUGCGUGGCUCAACACGCCGGCGUUGCGCCGCAUCGAUCCUACGCCGCAGGGAAGCGCGCCGACGCUCCAGUUUACGCCGGCAAGCACGCCGGCACCGAGCAUGCCGCCGCCGAGCAUGCCGCCGAGCAUACCGUUGAGUAUGCCGCCGCCUGCACCGGCGGCCGAACAGGCGCUCAAUGGCCACGUCUAUACGCCGAUCCAAAAGGUCAAGAGCGGCACAGUCGCCAACGUCAUGGGCGUUGCGGUCGUCGACGCAACUGUGCGCCCGCCUGCGCAGCGCUCGCGCGACGUCAUGGUCAAGCUCGCGAUUAGCGACGGAAGCGGCCCAGACGUCGCAUCGUCGACGCUCUCGUCGAAUCUCUUUGCCUCGGAAGAAGGCGCGCUGCCGGGCGCGGUAGCCGAGCACGACGCGGUGCUCCUGCGCGGCGUCCAGAUCGGCCUCUUUAACGGGCGUCCCCAAGGCGUUGCAAGCCGCAAGCACCCUUUUCAGUGGGCGGCAUGGAGCGCCUCGACACAGACGUGGCGGUACGCGUCGAGUGCGCGGCCGUCCGACUUUGGCGACGCGGAGCGCACGGCGCUCCUGCAGCUCGUCGGCCACCUCGGCACGGCGCCUCCAGCGCCGAGCGCCAAUGCUCGUUCGAUCACGACAGGCGGCAGCACACGCGCGCUCACGACGCUCGACACGCUGCAGCCCCACACGUUUGUCGACACGGUCGUGGAGAUCGUCAAGGUGUUUGCACAGUCGGCGACACCCGACCUGUACAUUACCGACUAUACGGCGCACAGGCAUAUCUACGACGGGAACAACAAACACCUAUCUGUACAGCCGCCCGGGCCGGGGGGGUGCGUGCUGCAAGUCGGCCUGUUUGAGUCGCAUGCGCCGCUCGCCGUGCAGCUACGACCAGGGCAGCUCGUGCGCCUCGACAAUGUGCGCAUCCGCGAGAACCCCAGCACGGGCCUGCUCACCGGUGCACUCGGCUCGGCAAACGACCGGCGCAUCCGCAUCUCGCCGGUCGACCAAGACCACGCGGCGGUCCGUGCGCUAAAGAGCCGCAAGGCCGCGUGGGCGAAUCCGGGCCCUGCAGAGCCGCGCAAGCGCCCUGCCCCAGCGACACCGACACCGGCGCGCCGCCGGCCCGCGCCCGAUGCGGUACGCGCACCACGCUACGAAAUUGACGACGAUCCAUUCGCAGAAAUUGACGUUCCUCUCUCGCCCUCGCCUUGA